GUCCGGCGGGAUGGAGAAAAGUAGGAUGAACCUGCCCAAGGGGCCGGACACGCUGUGCUUCGACAAGGAUGAGUUCAUGAAGGAAGACUUUGAUGUCAGUCACUUUGUGUCUGACUGUCCCAAGCCAGUCCAGCUGGAAGCUCUUAGAGAUGACCUGGAUCUCUACUAUAAGCUGCUUAAAACAGCCAUGGUUGAGCUCAUCAACAAGGACUAUGCAGACUUUGUCAACCUGUCAACAAACCUGGCUGGUUUGGACAAGGCCCUCAAUCAGCUUUCUGUGCCUUUGGGACAGUUAAGAGAAGAGGUUAUGGUACAUCCCCAAAUAACAGUCAACAAUCUACAAUAAAGCAUAUUACACUUGUUUGCCUUCUCCAAGAAUUCUUUUAUUAAUCUGUUAGAUUGUUGUGAUUGUUGUGGUUGGUGUUUUUUAAUGUUCCAUGAUUAUAGUAUAAUACUUUCAAAAUGUAAAUGAUUUUCAUGUGAUAUUACAACCUAAGAAACAUGCUUGGUUUGAAGAUGGCAAAUUCUCAAGAGCAGACACUUUUAAAUGUCGAGAAGGAGGAGAAGGGUAUUUCAAAAUUUAAAUUUGUUAAUACCACCUCACCCAUGUAUAAGUGGUCUCCAGCUUAGAACUGGCUUACUUAUGUUUUAAAAUUUGUCAUUUUACAGGUAUUUUCCCAGACAAUAUUUUAUAUGUAGUUAGAUUCAUGGACCAGUUUAUACCAGCCAUUUAACCCCUGAUGUAACUGAAGGGUAUUAUAAAUGUUGCAUAAUACCUAGUUUCUCUGAGAAAAUCUCUCCCUUGGGAAUGAAACUGUCUGCCCCUAAGCCAUGAGAACAGGGACUUCAUCCGGGUGAACAGUGGAGAGGGAGUUUUGGUAUCACCUCCAGCAGAAAACUGCCGCCCUGUCCUCCCCUCACCCUCUAGGUUGUGCUAGGCACCUUGACCUCCAUCCUCCCUUCCUUGUGAAGCACUGCACUGUCACUUCCUGUGUAUGUCAGCACUAGACCAUGACAGAACACGUGGCCUUAUGCUCCUUGCCUCGAGACAGUACCUGGCACAUGCAGGGUUCUCAGUAGAUAAUGUAGUAAAGAGGUUCUGCUUGGAUAAAGCUGUAGGAAAUGCAGGACAAUGGGAAUGUCAGGGCUGAGAAGUCCCGAGGACGGUAGGCAAGAAAAAAUUCUUAAAAAAGUUAAGUUGUGGGGGAGGA